AGGGUACGGUAAACAGAGAGGGCAAUAUAAGAAAGAAGGAAAUAGAGAGAAAUGUAAGAUAGGGAUGCGAGCUUUUCGUUUUGGUGAUUAACUUUGAUUGUUUCUUUAGCUUUAUCUGCCGACACAAAACCCGGCCAUAAGGCUUCACUCAGACAGCUUAGUAUCCCUCCACAUUUUCUUUUGGUUUCUUUCCCUUUCCUUCUUUUCUUUUAUUUUUCUCUCAUAAUUUCCUUUACUGGCUCGUGGGUUUUCUUCUGUUUCCAUAAAAGUCAUGGAUUUUUACCGGAAUGUGAUGUUUUCCGGUGACUAUCACCAACCGGAGCAAGUCCUUCCAACCCCUUCUUCUAGUUCUAAGCUCGGCUGUUCUAUAACACCCAUUAGCCCUCUUGAUGACCUUUUCUCUGCUCAAAAUACUGAAGUGGAUGUUAGCUUAGAAUGGCUAUCAGUAUUUGUAGAAGACUGCUUAUCCAGCAAAGGAAAUUGCCUUCCACCACCAACAAAUACAACACCACCAGCAGAGGUCUCAGUAAAGAAACAAGAAAAGCCUCAACAUAAUCCACAAUCUAAUAACAAUUCUUUGGAGAAAUUUGUAAUCCCAGGGAAGGCAAGAAGCAAAAGAAAAAGAGUAACUGGUGUCAAAACUAGAAACCCAUUAUCUAGUUGGUCUUAUUGUAACCAAUUAACUUUAAAUUUUCCAAGCUCAGACCCUCCUCUACUCCAACAAGCCUAUUGGUUAGCUGAUAGUGAACUCAUUAUGCCUAAAAAGGACACCACCACCACCACUACAACCACCACCAAAGCAAGAGAUAGUGAACUGGAUGAGAACCUGGAACAAGAAAAGGUUGUUGCUAAGGAGAGUUUGAGGAUUUUGGAAAAUAGCAAUGGGCAGCAGCAGCAGCCAAGAAGGUGCUCCCAUUGCCUAGCUCAGAGGACCCCACAAUGGAGGGCUGGACCAUUGGGUCCAAAAACACUGUGCAAUGCAUGUGGAGUCAGGUACAAAUCAGGCAGGUUAUUGCCAGAGUAUAGACCAGCCAAGAGUCCUACUUUUGUGAGCUAUCUGCACUCCAAUUCUCACAAGAAAGUUAUGGAAAUGAGAAUGGCUACUAGUUCUACUACUACUGUCUUCAAUUCUUAGUGAUCAGUGCUGAAAUUAAUUUUCCUACAAUCUCCAUUAAUGUAUAUUGUUUUAAAAAAAAGGAACAGAGUUUUUAGUUUAGUUUAGUUUCUACUCUUCCGAUAGAAAUUCUAGUCUUCCUUAUUUAUUUGUUGAGGGCUUAAGCUUAAUUAAUUUAGCUUUAUAUAAUGUUAUUGGAUUUUCCUGCAUUUUUUCA